AUGAGUGACUUACAGAUGGUGACGGGCGCAAAAUGUUUCGUACCGGACGAAACACACGUGUGGCUUGCGGCUGAAGUGCUUCGUGACGAGAAUUCGGGUGACGGCAAGACGCGCAAAAUCUAUUGCCGGGUAGAGUUACCCGACGGUACAAUCGAGGAGCGCUGUGUAGAUAUGCUGGCAAAAAAAACCAAGGCACUGCUGGAUGUGCACCAACUUGAAUCUCUUCCCUAUCAGAACGAAAACGUCGGACGUGAGGGAAUCGAGGACAUGAUCACACUUAAUUACUUGCAUGAGGCCGCCAUUUUGUACAAUGUUAAAAAGCGCUUUCUUUGUGAGCUUCCUUACACGUACACAGGGGAUAUUUGUAUCGCCGUUAAUCCGUACAAAUGGUUACCGGAUCUUUACGCUGAAAAGCAGCAUCUGCGGUACCUUAACCAGCCUAAAGAGGAACUUCCGCCACACGUGUAUGCCACAUCCGUUGCUGCUUAUGACAAUAUGCGGCGCUCGGAAAAAAAUCAAUCCAUCCUUGUUAGUGGUGAGUCCGGUGCUGGUAAAACAGAGACGACUAAGAUCCUCAUGAACCAUUUGGCUACAAUCGCGGGUGGUCUCAACAACUCAACUAUAAAGAAAAUUAUAGAAGUCAAUCCGCUGCUCGAAUCCUUCGGAAAUGCCAAGACUGUCCGCAAUGACAACUCGAGCCGAUUUGGCAAGUUUACACAGUUGCAAUUUGAUGAAAAUGGAACUCUUGUUGGCGCUAAAUGUCGCACGUAUCUCCUGGAAAAGACGCGAGUAAUUCAUCACGAAGCACCUGAGCGCAACUACCACAUUUUUUAUCAGCUUAUUGACUCUUCUGACGUUUCAUCAGAGCUACAGCUCGAAUCGUCCAAAAUUUAUUCGUAUACGGGCGACAAUAGAGACCAAAAAAUUGAAGGUCUGUCAGACGAGAAGCACUUUAACAAGACAAGAGAAGCUCUUGAGCUCGUGGGCUUGUCUCGUGAUGACCAACAACCACUAUUUGAAGUGUUGGCUGGUGUGCUUCACCUUGGUGAAGUGCAACUGCAAUCGGAUCCUACUGAUGACGAAAAGUCGCUGAUUCCCGAAAAUGACGGUGGGGCUAAUUCUGCAACGCACAUGCUUGGUGUCACAUGGGAAGCUCUUCAAACGGCACUUUGCUCCCGUACCAUGCGUGCGGCCAAUGAUGUGUACAGUGUGCCGCUAAAGAAAGAGUUGGCGAUGGACUGUCGUGAUGCCCUAGCCAAGGCUAUUUACUCGAAUGUAUUUGAUUGGCUUGUGAAUACAAUCAACCAGUCAUUAGCUGAUGAUGGCCAUAUGGCCAAUCACGUGGGUGUGCUCGACAUUUUCGGGUUCGAACAUUUCAAACACAAUUCAUUCGAACAAUUUUGUAUCAAUUUUGCCAACGAGAAGUUACAACAAAAAUUCACUCAAGAUGUCUUCAAGACCGUGCAGAUCGAGUACGAGGAGGAAGGAAUUGUGUGGGACCACAUCGAGUACGCCGAUAAUCAGGAUGUACUGAACGUAAUCGAGUCGCGGAUGGGUAUAAUAUCACUGCUAAACGAGGAAGUUAUGCGACCAAAGGGUAAUGAGGAGUCGUUUAUGUCCAAAGUAACAUCAUUGCACAAGGAUGAAACGCAUGUCAUCGAAUUCCCUCGCACGUCUCGCACCGAGUUCCUCAUCAAGCACUAUGCUGCUCCUGUGAUGUAUGACUCGGUGGGAUUUCUUGAGAAGCACAAAGACUCACUUCUGCCGGAUUUAUCUGAGCUCAUGCGUGGAUCGUCCAAGCCGUUUAUCGCUAAACUUUUCGAGUCCAAGCCAGAGCCAAGUGAAGCUGAUUCGGAAGCCUCAGGAAACCGCCGAAAGCGGGGUGGAGCUUUGUCAAUAACGACUGUUGGUACUCAAUUCAAAGAGAGCUUGACAGAACUGAUGGCUACAAUCAAUUCGACACGUGUGCACUACGUGCGUUGUAUCAAGCCUAACCCGAUUAAAAGCGCAACUGUGAUGGAUCAGAGCAUGGUAGUGUCUCAAUUGCGAUGCGCUGGUGUUAUUGAAGCCAUUCGCAUCUCGCGUGCGGCGUACCCAAACCGGUUGCAGCACACCGAGAUUCUGGACAAAUUCUGGCUGUUUGUACCGAGUGGUGGCCACACAGUUGAAGAAAAGUGUCAAUUGCUUAUGGACAAACUAAAGCUUGAAUCCCCUCGUCAAUAUCAAAUGGGUAAAACCCGCGUGUACUUCCAACUGGGAGUGCUUGAAGAGCUUGAAGAUCGCCGCAAAAAGUUCUUAGAUGCUAAGGCCACUUACCUGCAAUACACCAUGCUUGGCUUUACGCAGCGCAUCAAGUAUCUUCGAAAACUUGAGGCAAUCAUAAAGUUGCAAUCGGUCAUCCGAUGCGUGAUUGCAAUGCGCAGAUACAACAUGGUUCUCAAAAAUAUCAUCGUGGUGCAAGCUCGCUGGCGAGGCGUCCAAGGCCGCAAGGUGGCUGCCGACAUAAAGAGUAAUCACUACGCUGUUAUUAUACAGCGAUAUGUGCGUGGUUUUGUGAAGCGUCAUCGCUACGUUAAGAUGCGCGCGAUGGUCAUUCGCGUGCAGGCCCUGGUUCGCAUGACAAUCCAGCGGCCAAAAUAUUUGGCUGCUCUCGAUGAAAAGCGCCGUGAGGCAGAUAUGGCGUACCAGUUGCAUAAGCUUAAGGCUGCCCUACAAGACGAGCAAGAACGUAAUGCUCAACUGCAGCGUCGCAACAGCUUGACGACAGCGGACUCUUCCGCUGCCUCGAGUGUUGUUAUGGCUGAUGCCGGUGGUAUGAUCGAAACUCUCACAGACGAGAACAAGAAACUUCGUGAGAAAAACGAGGAUAUGAAGGCUGCGAUGAAGGGUAUGAAAGCGGAAAUUGAGAAGUUCAAGAAUGACAAGGAGGUCUCCUCGGCUGGCAACCAUGUGAAGGUCCGUCAGCUACAGGACACUGUGCGUGACAAGGACAAGAAAAUUGCUCAGCUUGAGGCUGAAAACACUAAGCUGACAGAACAGAUUGCUAAGCUUCACGCGGAAGGUAUUGUUCCCGACAAAAAAUCCAUUCCGAAAAAGUCGAUCUUCCGUACACUCGGUUCAAAGAAGGAAAAGAAGCCACGUGAAACAGUUUUAAUGGACUCGCUGACUGGAUCAGACGACCUUAACCGUCAUUCAUCAGAAACGCGUCCGUCGGAGCGCCACUUCCCGCGUAUGCCGAGCAUGAGUGUGGGAAGCCGUUUCUGGAACUCAAAUAAAAAAGGGGACAACGGUGAUGGCCUAGACGUUUCUGAGGUCGAAGGUGAAGAUAGUCCAACUAACAGCUAUACUACGCGCAACACGAUCGUAAAAAGCAUGGAAGUUGGGGUGACUGGAGCUAUGUCGAGUCUGAAAGGCCGUAUGUCGGUAGUGAAGGGAAUGUACGACAGUCGAAACAAGCGAACAAACAGCAAACCUGAGGAGGCCGCAAACUCUUCCGAUAGUAAUUCGUCGACAAACGUCGUUUCUUCAAAGAGCGCUAAGGUCAAGCCGGUCGUAAAGCCGGCGGAUCGCCCUGUCCGCGAGUCAUUUAAUCUGGAUGCGUUGCCUGAGGUGUCAUUGCCUGUCGGCUGGGAGGCAAAAGUUUCUCGUUCCACAGGCCGUGUGUACUACGUGAAUCGCAAGCUUGGCAAAUCGCAAUUCGAGCGCCCCACACUGGCCUCACUCAAGGCACAGAAGCUGGCGCGCCAGAAAUCGGGUCCCGCGCCAUAA